UGCUCCUAAAGGCUGAAACCGACCGGAAGGAAAAAGAGGACAGAAGAGGACGGGAUCUGACACAUUCUCAGGAUGGAGGAUUCUCCAUCCAAGCCAUCUGUGGCUGAGCUUGCUGGAAGGUUAAAAGGUCAUAUUCUGCCAUUGCCCGGCUCAAAUGAUGAGUUUCGAAGAAGACCUCCGUGUUCCUUAAAGUUGCACAAUCCAGCAGAAAAUGAAGAGUCUGAUAAAUCAGUCUCACCCAGCAUCAACAAAACAAAGAUGAAGAACUCAGCGAUGAUUGAAAAGUUGCAGGCCAACCUCGCUCUGUCACCCAGCACUCUGCUGCCUUCGCCCAAGGGUCCCGACGUGAAGCUGCAGCCCACGCAGCUGUCCCCCAUCGUGCCCAGCAGCCCCCUGAGCCCCUCCCAACGACCGCCACCUCUGUCCAGCAAAGAGGAAGACCCCGUCGGCUUCGACAGCCCACCCGAAGGCACCCCGCUGCCAAGCUUCAACAAGAACCGUCCACGGUUAUCAUUCAAACGGCGCCCGCCCACCAGGCAGCACAGAAGGUCAGCCGGAGAGGAGGAGGGAGCCGCGAGGAGCGAACAGUCCCCGAGUGAACCGGAUGUCCCCAAAGAAAACGGGGACGAGGACCGGGUUUUAAACGACCUGAAGGAGGAAGCGGAUUCCGGUCCGAAGGAGGCUGAAAACGGAGACGAAGACUGUGAAGCGAUGGAGGCCGAGGCGGCGCAGAGCGGGGGGGAUGUGGAGCGGGACGCGGACCGAGACUCGCCCGCGGAGACCUUAAAGGAGGAUCGGGGGCCUGCCGAGUCUGCCGGGCAGACAGAGGACCGGGACGAGGCGGACCUGGUAGAAGGUGACACGAUGUGACCCGCCUGAGGAGGAAAUAUUCAGAACUUUUUCUUUGGAGACUUUGAUCAGGUUAAAAAGUGUUUGAAGGCGUUUUGCUGCCCUCUGCUGGCUGUCGGUGGAACAGGUCGAUGAGCACUGGAGAGUCAACAGAUGCAGGCCGUUUCUGCUUUUAUAGGAAAAAGAAAAGUACAAAUGAAACUUUAUCCAUGAUCA